ACUUAUUUUUCUUUUCGGAUUUUUAUUUUGUAAAUUGUUACAAUGAGGAAGCUGAAAGGAGCUGUAAAAGAAACCGCGAAACAGAAAAGGGAGAGGAAACAAGAGUUCGCGAAAAUGCGUCAGCAAAUGCAUACAAUAGUUUUGCCUACUUUCGCGGUUAUAUUCAUAUUAAUAUGCACUUAUGUUUAUUUCAAAACGAGACCGACAUCUAUGCAGUACGCGUAACUAUUGGAUAAAAAAGGAUGGUAUGUAAAUAAAAUAAAACUUCAAGCCUAAAUCAAGUCAACAAAUCGAAAAAAGGAGUUUAAUUUUUUUACACAAACAAUAUUUUCUUAUGAAACAAGGAAAUUCCGAAUGAGAAUUCAUGUUAACUAUAUUUUUUUCUUUCAUUGAAUUCAAAACACAUUCCAUUUGAGGAGGUCUAAAAUAAAA